GAGAAAAUACUCGAGGAUGGAAAAGACAACAUCGCCUUUUAUCCCCUAAUCGGCUGGGCUUCAGACCCUCCAAAUGACAUUUAGGAAUCAUUAUUGAUUAUUUUUCUUUUCGAUUCGUUCCUUACCUUGGCCGCCCUGGCCGUUCUGUCUUCCUUACUCCGCAAUUAGCCACCGUCAAGACCACCUCACGCGCAAAGACACUCGCUCGGUAUCUGUACGAUUGAACGUCGCCCCUCGUCCACAGCUUCUCUGUCAGCCUUAGUGUGAUCAAGAAUUUCUGAACCGACGCUUCUAAGCUACCAUCCGCCAUGAAAUUCGCCCGCCUCUCCCCUUCUCUCGCUCUGUUGUUACUGCAGGUCAUUCCCGCGGCCAUUGCUGAAGCAGUACCGGACAACGGUUUAUCAACACCAACUGCCCUAGACCGCCGGGAAGCAUCUUCAGCAGAUGUACCUCUUUCAGCACCAGAAAUCUUAGCUUCACCCAAGGCAGCACCGAAGGGAACGCUGGACGCUCCGAUAGAUGGUAAGGAUGGUCUGCCACACCAAGGUCCAUGGGUCGAAACCGGCGCAGAACGAGACCGUAAGAAGGCAAAGGAGACGGAUCCCAAUGAGGCUUUGAUAACGUCGGAAGAGAAGGUGGCUACUGCGGAAAAACUGGCAUCGGACGGCAAAGCCAUCCCACACUCAAAUGACGGUGUGAUGGACGAUCCGCAUAGGUUGGGCCCCAAGGAAGGCACGCGGGGAACAGAGGGUGGUGUAUCAGAGAAGAGCAAGACCAGCAAGCUUGUGUCCGACAAGGUGCCGGGAGCACCAAAGGAAGCUCCGCCACUUCCUCCCAGCGAGCAAGUCAAGAUCUCGGCGGCGGAUGACAGCUCCUCCAAGGAUACGAAGACCGGUGAUAGUGGAGCGACAAUCCUAGAGAAGCCAGCAGACCUCCCCGAAAAGCCUCAUGAUAUCCCCCUCCCCAAAUCUCCUGCGCCUGUGAAGGGCGAUCAACUGGCUGUUGGCACUCCCAAGUCGUCCAAGGGCAAAUCUUCCUCGUUGGAUGCGACAAUCCCAAUGGAGGAGAGCAGCGUUAUUAGCCCCAUUCACUCUCUAAUUCUAUCUUUUACAAUGAUAAUCUUCUCCGAGAUUGGCGACAAGACCUUCCUCGUCGCUGCACUGAUGGCCAUGCGCCACCCUCGCCUGCUCGUUUUCUCCGCUGCGUUCUCGGCGCUUAUUACGAUGACUGUCCUGUCCGCAGUGUUAGGACAUGCAGUUCCUACGCUGAUCCCAAAAUCGUUCACCAACUUCCUUGCGGCCAUCCUGUUCUUGGUUUUUGGUGCGAAGAUGCUGAAGGAAGCUCGCGAGAUGUCGCCGGAUGAAGGUGUCGGCGAAGAAAUGAGAGAAGUAGAGAUGGAGCUGGAGGAGAAAGAGCAGCAACAGAGCCAGAUGGGUCGACGCCGCUCUUCGAUCAGCCCGUAUGCCCUGGAGGCUGGGCGGGUAGGCGGACGACGCAAGUCGCGGUCUUCGGCUAACCGUCUGCCAUCGCCGCCUGACAGUCCAUCAUCCUCCUCUUCCCGGAGUUCUUCUCCCGCUCCCAGCGCUAGCUGGCGCAGCGUCCUCAUCGGUUUCAACAAUUUGUUUUCUUUCCUCCUGACUCCUGCUUGGGUGCAGACGUUUGUCAUGACGUUUCUAGGAGAAUGGGGAGACCGCAGUCAGAUCGCAACCAUCGCCAUGGCUGCUGGACAAGACUAUUGGUGGGUUACGGUCGGAGCUAUCAGCGGUCACGGUGUUUGUACUGCGGCUGCAGUCAUCGGAGGCCGAGCUAUCGCAGGCAAAGUCAGCAUGCGUGUCGUGACCUUCGGCGGCGCUAUCUCCUUCCUUAUCUUCGGACUUAUCUACUGUUUCGAAGCGAUAUACUGAGUUCGCGAUGAAGCGAUGCUUCUUUACUCAAAAGUGCCUUGGAAGCAGGGUUUAAAUAUAGACAGGACACGGUAUCGGGUCUUUUCAGUUUUGUAGUACUUAGUCUUACUUCGUUUAAUAACCGCACGGGUGCUUCUUUGCUCUUUUCUUGGUGUACGUUUUCUCUUUUAUUCCCACAGGCAUAUUCGAACAAUUCGUGGUGACUGCUUAAUGCGAGGAUGGGACAAUAUAAUUAUAGACCAACCCUGGGAGGAUGGUAUCAUGACCGAGGCACACAAUGGAACUGCGGCAUCACAAUAUAAUGAAUCAGACAGUACGCAAUGUAAUUAUAACAUGACAGAUCGUGGCACACAAAAUUUAAGGGGGCAUCAUGUGGUCCCUAGAUCUUCGCAGGGUAUUUGAAGUUAUCCCACCGAUCGGAUCGGUCUAGUGAAAACUACCCAAAUGCCACCAGCCGGAAUCGAAUUCCAACUACGGUC